CCUUCGCCGGGCAGGGGGCGGGCGGUGGGAGCGGGGGCGGCCCGGCCCUGCCCCGUCCUGCUCCGUUCUGCCCUGCCCGGCCCAGCCCAGCGCUGCCCCGGCCCCCCCGAGCCCAGCCCGCCGAGCGGGCAGAGGCACCGCCUGGCCCGGGCCCGUCCCGCCGGCCCGUCCCGCCGCCUCGGGGGCUCCCUGCGCGGAGCCGCCCCGGCCCCUCGCCAUGGCCAGCGUCUCCUACCACAUCUCCAGCCUGCUGGAGAAGAUGACCUCCACCGACAAGGACUUCAGAUUUAUGGCCACCAACGACCUGAUGAUAGAACUGCAGAAAGAUUCAAUAAAACUAGAUGAAGACAGCGAGAAAAAAGUUGUGAAAAUGCUUUUGAAAUUGCUGGAGGACAAAAAUGGGGAAGUACAGAACCUUGCUGUCAAGUGCCUGGGCCCGCUGGUUGGCAAAGUGAAGGAGUACCAGGUGGAGACCAUCGUGGACACACUGUGUACAAACAUGCUGUCAGACAAGGAGCAGCUGCGGGACAUCUCCAGCAUUGGCCUCAAAACCGUCAUCUCUGAGCUGCCACCAGCUUCCACAGGCUCCACCAUGACAGCAAAUGUGUGCAAAAAGAUCACAGUCCAGCUGACGGGAGCCAUUGGCAAGCAGGAGGAUGUGUCUGUGCAGCUGGAAGCUCUUGACAUCCUGUCAGAUAUGCUGAGCAGACUGGGGGGAACACUCUACUCAUUCCAUUCCUCAAUCCUGACCUGUCUCCUGCCCCAGCUGACGAGCCCCAGGUUGGCAGUACGUAAACGGGCCAUCACUGCCUUGGGGCAUCUAGUCUUGACCUGCAGUGGAAACAUCUUCUCAGAGCUCACAGAGCAUCUGCUGGCUGAGCUGAAGAGGAAUGAGUCUACAUCUACCACCAGGACAUACAUUCAGUGUGUGGCUGGCAUCAGCAGGCAGGCUGGGCACCGCAUAGGAGAACACCUGGAGAGGAUCGUCCCUCUGAUCGUUCAGUACUGUGACGUGGACGAUGACGAGCUGCGGGAGUACUGCUUCCAGGCCUUCGAGUCCUUCGUGCGGAGAUGCCCAAAGGAAAUCGACUCUCACAUCCCGAGUGUGAUGGGGCUGUGUCUGAAGUACAUCACCUUUGACCCAAACUACAACUAUGAUAAUGAGGAGGAAGAGGAAGAGAUGAUGGAAACUGAAAAUGGAGAGGAUGAAGAGCAAGAAAGCGAUGAUGAGUACAGUGACGAUGACGACAUCAGCUGGAAGGUCCGAAGGGCUGCGGCCAAGUGCCUGGAGGCCGUUGUCAGCAGCAGGCACGAUCUCCUGCAGGACUUUUACAGAACUCUUUCCCCAGCCUUGAUAAGCAGGUUCAAAGAGAGGGAGGAGAAUGUCAAAGCUGACAUCUUCAGUGCUUACAUCUCCUUGCUGAAGCAAACGCUGCCCACCCAGAGCUGGCUGCACGCUUCCGAUGCCUCUGGCAAGGGUGACGUUCCCCUGACGAUGCUUCGGAACCAGGUCCCCAACAUUGUCAAGGCCUUGCACAAGCAGCUCAAAGAAAAGAGCAUCAAAUCAAGACAGGGUUGUUUCAGCCUCCUGACAGAACUGGCCAAUGUUCUUCCUGGUUGCCUGGCAGAUCACAUCCCUGCACUCGUCCCUGGUAUUGUUUUCUCCUUGGCGGAUAAAUCCAGCUCCUCCAACAUGCGGAUCGACACGCUGUCCUUCCUCCACGUCCUUCUCUGCAACCACCAGCCGGAGGUGUUUCACCCUCAUAUCAAGAGCCUGUUGCCCCCUGUUGUGACCUGCAUUGGAGACCCGUUUUAUAAGAUCAUGUCAGAAGCUCUGCUGGUAACUCAGCAGCUUGUGAAAGUUAUCAGGCCUUUGGACAAAUCUUGCACUUUUGAUGCCAAGCCCUAUGUGAAGGACCUUUUCUCUGGUACUCUGAAGCGGCUGAAGGCUGCUGACAUCGACCAGGAGGUGAAGGAACGUGCCAUCUCCUGCAUGGGACAAAUCAUUUACAACCUGGGAGACCAUUUAAGCACUGAUCUCCAGCCAACUUUGAAGAUAUUUCUGGAGAGGCUCAAAAAUGAAAUCACCAGACUGACAACAGUCAAAGCAUUAACCUUAAUUGCUAGUUCUCCACUUAAAAUAGAUUUGAGACCCAUUCUAGGGGAAGGUAUCCCCAUUCUAGCUUCCUUCUUGAGAAAGAAUCAACGUGCCUUGAAACUGAGCACUUUGACUGCUCUGGACAUCCUGGUGAAGAACUACAGCGACAGCCUCAAGCCUGCCAUGAUCGAGUCUGUGCUAACAGAGCUCCCCGCCUUAAUUACUGAGAAUGACAUGCACGUGUCCCAGGUGGCCAUCAUGUUCCUCACGACUUUGGCAAAGGUUUAUCCAUCCUGCAUCUCCAAGAUCAGCGGCUCAGUCCUCGCUGAAAUCUUUCAGCUUGUCCACUCACCUUUGCUUCAAGGAGGGGCUCUGAAUGCCAUCAUCGCCUUCUUCCAGGCACUGGUCCUGACGAAGGCAGCCAGCACGGGUUACCCCGAGCUGAUGAAGCAGCUGACAGCACCCGUUUACUCCUCGGGUUCGGCCGGGGCCUCGCUGACGUUGCACAAACAGGCGUAUCACUCCGUCGCAAAGUGCGUGGCAGCGCUGUCCUCGGCCUGCCCGAAGGAGGCCCCUGUGACAGUGAACCAGUUUGUUCAGGAUGUGAAAAGCCCCAAGUCCAGUCCUGCUGUUCAAGUGCUGGCUUUCCUCUCCCUGGCAGAGAUGGGCCGUACCACAAACCUCAGUGCUCACAGGGAGCUCAGAACUGUCAUCCUGGAAGCGUUUGCUUCCACCAGUGAAGAGGUGAAAUCCGCUGCCUCCUACGCGCUGGGGAACGUCAGCGUUGGGAAUCUGAAGGAGUAUCUGCCCUUCAUGCUGAAGGAGAUCGGAAGCCAGCCCAAGCGACAGUACCUGCUGCUGCACUCCCUGAAGGAAGUCAUCAGCUCCUCCCCGGCCGACAGCCUCACGCCUUACGUGGAGGAUAUCUGGGCUCUGCUCUUCAAGCACUGCGAGUGCACAGAGGAAGGGACACGCAACGUGGUGGCAGAAUGCCUGGGGAAGUUGACCUUGGUGAACCCUGCUGAGCUGCUGCCCCGGCUGAGGAAACAGCUGUCAGCAGGCUCUCCACAUGCCCGGAGCACCGUGGUCACUGCCAUCAAGUUCACAAUUGCAGACCAGCCUCAGCCCAUUGAUGCUCUCCUGAAAGGCUGCAUAGGUGACUUCUUACAAACUCUGCAAGAUCCAGACCUGAACGUUCGCCGCGUGGCUUUAGCCCUGUUUAAUUCUGCUGCUCACAACAAACCUUCUUUAAUCCGGGAUUUACUGAACAUGGUCCUGCCCAGCCUGUACAGCGAAACGAAGGUCCGAAGGGAGCUCAUCCGGGAGGUAGAAAUGGGGCCAUUCAAGCACACAGUGGACGAUGGCCUUGAUGUGAGGAAAGCUGCUUUUGAGUGCAUGUACACCCUGCUGGAAAGCUGCCUGGACCAGCUGGACAUCUACGAGUACCUGAACCAUGUGGAGGAUGGGCUAAAGGAUCACUAUGAUAUUCGGAUGCUGACGUUCAUCAUGCUGGCGCGGCUCUCCGUGCUCUGCCCCAGCGCUGUCCUGCAGCGGCUCGAGCGCCUGAUCGAGCCCCUCCGGGCAACCUGCUCCACCAAGGUGAAAGCAGGUUCAGUGAAGCAGGAGUUUGAGAAGCAGGAUGAGCUGAAGCGCUCAGCCAUGAGGGCAGUGGCUGCUCUCCUGACCAUCCCCGAGGUGGAGAAAAGUCCAGUGAUGGCAGAGUUUUCAUCCCAGAUCAGAUCCAGUCCUGAAAUGGCAUCACUGUUUGAGAGCAUUCAGAAAGAUUCUGCUUCCCUCUCCAUCUCAGAGUCAAUGGACAUGAGCUAAGAUGUGUUUCCCCCAUUGCCCUCCUGCCCUUGCAAUGCCCCAGCCAGAGACACCAGCUGGGUCGGGGGGGAACGAAGGCCAUUGAGCCACUCCUGCCACAGCCAUGUGCAAGUCCCUGGGCAGCCACAGGAGAAACUGCCUGGAACCAGCGGCACUUGCAUUAGACACCUCAUGGAUCAGGGGAACACAUCCUCAUGUAGGGGAGGGGCUGAAAGAUGAGCAGUCCCACUUCUCAGCAAGUUUUAAGGGGUACACAAAGCAACUGCAAUUGAGUGUGGUUCCAUGAACAAUGGAAACUACUUCCUGAUAUAUUCCUUGCUGCAGUACAAAAAAAUAUAGCUUUAAAUGGUUUUUUAAUGACUGCACAUGCACUUUCUACCCCAAAUUGCCCAAGAAUGUAUUUACAGUGUUUCCCUAAAUAACAUGACUAAAAACUGAAGUCAUGUCUUUAGUGAUGAGCACCACUCCCACAGGCCUUUUGGGAAAGGAGACUUGCCCCAGCCAAGCUGCGGGAGCUGCAUGGGGCAGGGGGGUUACCUAGCCCCCCAGGCUUCUUCCUGGGGCUCCAUAGUUUGGCAUUUGGGCAAUACAAAGCUUUCUAGCUUGGCUUCCGUUUUUACAGUUUUGACUGCAAAAUACCUCAAGUGUCUCCUCCAAGGGAUGAUUAGUGACUAUCUCAGUGACAAACCCUGCUCUAAGCUCUGCUGUGCACCAACGCUGGCUUCUUCUCCCCUUGGAGCACCUCGGUGUUGUCACCAGUCAUGAGGGCACCAACCUACUGAUCCUGGUCACAGAUCAGCAGGAGGCACCUAUAGGAGCGCUGGUGGUCUGUGUUAAUGUCAAAGGGGUGAGAGGUGGCAGGCAGGAGCCAGAGGUGCAAACACGCAAUCCACAAUGGCUGCUGUGCUCAAAUCCUGCUUUGUGCAGGAGAAAAUGCCUUAAGGGACAGAGAAUGUUAACAGCCAACUAGAGGACAAGGCCACCAAGACACACUGGGGCUGUGGCCAUGGACCUGCCCUACGCUUCCUUUUCUCCUCUUCUGACAGGAUGGUUGAUGUGAAAGUAUUUACAGUGCUGUGUGAAAGGACAGCUAUUGUCUGAAUGGUAUAAAAAUAAAAUACACUUGUGAAGCUGCA